UGCUGCCAUGGCUGCGGAGGCUGCCGGUCGGGAUGAUGCGACGGCCGGACCUUCAGAAUGCACCGAGAUGGAGGAGCGGCUGAAGGAGGAGAGCAUGAAGGCGGACUUGGAGGCUCCUCCGCCCGCUGGACAGGGGGAUUUCGCGAUCCAGUGCCGGGACGUGUGCCGGUCAUACGGCAAACUCAAGGUGCUCAGCAAUCUCAACCUGACUGUACCACAAGGACACAUUUAUGGUCUUUUGGGCCCCAGCGGAUGCGGGAAGACCACGCUGCUGAAGUGCAUCGUGGGCACUCUGAAAAUCUCGCGGGGUCACAUCACCGUGUUGGGGAAGCCGCCCGCAUUUCCUGGUCAUGACGUGCCGGGGAAGAUGGUCGGAUACAUGCCACAGGACCUGGCGUUGUACAACGAGUUCACCAUCAGCGACACCCUGACCUUCUUUGGCCGAAUCCACGGUCUGAGGUCGAAGGAAACCCAGGCACGCAUGGACUUCCUCAUCGACUUCCUGGAUCUACCUCAGAAGCACAGCCUGGUCCGAAAUCUCAGUGGGGGCCAGAAGCGCAGGGUGUCUCUCGGCGCAGCUCUGCUUCAGAAUCCAGGGCUGCUCAUCCUGGACGAGCCAACCGUCGGAGUGGACCCUGUGCUCAGGGCUAAGAUCUGGCAGCAUCUCGUGGAGAUUGUGAAGACGGGGAAGGUGUCUGUCAUUAUCACCACGCACUACAUAGAGGAGGCCAGGCAAGCCAAUGUGGUCGGUCUCAUGCGGAACGGCCAUUUGCUGGCUGAAGGUCCUCCGGAUGCAGUCAUGAAGCAGCACAGUGCCACAACCCUGGAGCACGCCUUCCUGCAGCUGUGUGAGACAUCGGAUCAGAACGGCUCCAAACAGGGAUCCAGUCCCCAGGGUGGGCCGUUAGAGAACAGCCAGUCUUUCGAGAGCGGGCGAGACGAGAGUCAGCCGAUUCUCAGGACCCGACCGGGAGCUGCAGAGGAAGUUCCCAAAUAUUCAGUGGACUGGAAGGUGCGGGCCAGACACGUGCUGCCAAAGUGGAGAAACAUCGCUGCCCUGAUGAUCAAAACAAUGGUGCGGAUGAAGAGAAUGCCGGGCUCGUUGUGCUUCCAGUUCUUGCUGCCCGUCAUCCAGGUCUCUCUCAUCUGCUUGUGUAUCGGAGGAGAUCCAAAGGGGAUCCAGGUUGCCGUAGUGAACAACGAGACCUCCCCCUCCUCUUACAGCCAGUCGCUGCUCUCCUUCCUGGACAACUCCAGUGUGCACCAGGUGCCCUUGUCCCAUGCAGACGCUUUCGAUGGGAUUUAUAACGGAGAGUACUGGGGCGUCAUUGGCUUUGGCAAGAACUUCACCAGCUACCUGACAAAAAGGAUGAUCAAGCGGCAGGUCUCUAGAGAGGUGGUCGACGGAGGAUCGGUACACGUCUGGCUGGACCUGACAAAUCGACAAAUUGCCUUCAUGCUGCAGAAGAAGCUUCAUGAGGCCUUUCAGGCUUUUGUGGAGAACCAUUUGGGCAGCAUGUCAUACCUGGCCACCCUGCCAAUAAAGUUUGAGGAGCCCAUCUAUGGCAGCCAAAACACCGACUUCACCACGUUUGUGACACCCGGAGCUGUGCUCAGUAUCACCUUCUACCUGGCCGUGGGUCUGACGGCUCUCUCCUUUGUCCUGGAGAGGAAGGAGGGGCUCUUGGACAGAUGCUGGGUCGCAGGUGUGAGCUCGCUGGAGACGAUGCUGGCGCACCUCUUCUCCCAGCUGUUUGUCAUCAGCGUUCAGAUCACCCUGCUGCUCCUCUUCAUCCUGCUCGUCUUCAAGAUGCCUAAUGAAGGCUCCUUGGCGCUGGUCAUAAUUCUGAUCGUGCUGCAGGGCGUCACCGGCAUCUCGUUCGGCCUUGUCAUCUCCGCUGCAAUCGAUGACGAGCAGAGCGCCAACCAGGCCGCCCUUGGCAUCUUCUACCCCAACCUCAUCAUCAGCGGUAUCAUCUGGCCUGUGGAGUGUAUCCCAUAUCCCCUCCGCUACAUCAGCCUGGCUCUUCCUCAGACCUACGCCUCUGAGGCCCUUCGCUGUAUCAUGUACAGAGGCUGGGGUCUGUCUAAGAUGAUGGUGUGGCGAGGCUUCGCGGUCACCCUGGGCUGGAACACUUUCUUCCUCAUCCUGGCCACGGUCAUCUUAAAGCUGAGGAUGUGACAGCCACGUCCCGGAGAACAUCCUUCAGUGCGGGUGGAUGGAGCCGUCCGGUGAAGCCCAGGAGACAAAGACUCACCCGGGCCUCUUGUAUG